CGUGUGACCCUCUUUUACCUUUUUCUUUUUUUUCCCUCAACAUUUCAAUAUUCUUCCACUAUCCAACAUACAAUACACGCGGAUUCUUUGACUACCAAUGAAAAAACUUCUGCAAUAAAUUUGCAAUAAAAAAAGGAAAUGAAUAGGAAAGAAGGAUGAGAAAAAAGACAUCGAAUUUUGUGCUGUGAAAGUGAAAUUAAUUCAUUGAUUGAGAAACAUUCACCCACAUCCACCUUUUGUGAUUUUUUUUGUGCUUUAUUGUGACGAGACAAAGUGAUUUCAAGGCACCCCCCACCCCCCGCAACAUUGCCAGGACAUAAAGGAAAGUGAAAGAAGUGCUCGUAAAAUUUCCUAUGGCAAAAGUUGCGAUUUUAUGAGGGUCUUGACAUACACAGCUUCGCCAAUUGAGGUGCAAAGAGAAGAUGCAGAACACUUCAGGAUGGACCAUUCUUAAGGAUUCUUCAACGGCAUUUCUGGAUGAUUUUGAGGGGAAUGACACACCGGAAGCAAAACCAACAGGUUCCUAUGCCAUUUCAACCCUGGAACUCCAUGAAGGGGCUUUCCGUUUCACAUUUUUGGCCACAUUUCUCUCAUUCAUCACACCACAUGAAUUGCCUGUGGUCUCUUGUGUUGUAGAACUCUUCCGUGAUGCUAUUCGUGCUCAAACAACUCUUCCCGAAUUGAUUUUUGAGGCACUUAAGGUUGAAUCUGGAUUUAUCUGUUUGAUGGGAGUAUUCUUCUUGGUUGCCUUAAUCCCAAUGAGCAUUCUCAUGAUUUGGAGUUGCGAUAGGAAGCCUUCUUCAGUGUCCUCAUGUAAUUCACAGACGGAAUCAGACGAUACAACAAUAGCUUCCUCAAUGGUUGAAGGUGCAACCACCCCAUCACCGAGAAUUGCACUAAUGACAAUCGAUGAAUCCCUUGAGAAUGAUCUGAACUACCGGAAACGAAUACUAGUUGGGAUCCUUCAUUGCCUUCUAUCACUUCUUCUUGCUUGUAUUGUUACAAUGUUCAUAACUAAUGAACAUGCAGCCACAACUUUUGAGAAGGCACCAUCAUUGGUGCGGAUUUCAUUGCAGGAUGCCGAAAUGUUCAUCAAGGAUACAUUUAGUCAAAUCACCUACCAAACUCACGUAGCUCUUUUGAAUUCAACUGACACUAUAAAGUUUGAUUUGGCUCACAUAGAUACUCUGUUGGGGGAACCGAUACGACAAGAAAUUGCCCAACAAUCCGGCAUUGAAUUGGCUCUCGAUGCACUACUCAAUCUCUGUGCAUUAAAUCUUGAGCUACUUCGAAGGGUCCAUAUGCUACAGAAGAGUGUCUCAAGGGCCAUUAUUGUUUCAUCUGAUGCUGCAACACGCGUUGAAGAUCUUCAAUUUCAGCUGUCGAUCCUUCAGCAACAGUGCCUAUCUAGAGAUCGACCACUAUGCGAUACCCUCCGGCUUCAGGGUUUUGAUGAGAGUGGAUUCCUUAAAACUCUUUAUGAUCUUCAGCGUGAUCCUGCCUUGUUGCGCAUGAUGAGCCUUGGAGAGGUGGAAUUGGACAGUCGAUGGUUGAAUCUAUCGCAGGAAGUUGCAUCUGUUAGGGCAAAUUUUUUUGGAUAUCCACUGAAAAUCUUUGAAGAGACCGAAAAUGCCAGAAGUGUCGUGGAAAAGAAUCUCAUGGAAAUUCGUGAAGCUGAUCAGUGGUUUCGACGAGAAUCCGGCUACAUUGCACGUAAUCUCGUUGAUGAGGUGGAUCACUUGUGGACAAGAAUUGUUCCUGUAUUCGAUGAAAUGCAGAUCGCAGGACGAUUGCUGUGGAUCUUUGGGCUAUGCUGCUCAAUCACGGCAUUACUUGUUACUCUCCUAAUCUGCUCCUCACUAAGUUGCACGUGCUGUGAAGCUGAGGAGAAGGCAGGAGUAGCACUUUUAGGUGGUACAUCCUUAACGGCGAUAUGUAGCUUUUCACUAUCCUUCUUCGGUGUGAUGAUGCUACUCCUUGGUGGUCAUGGAGAGGUUUUCAUAUGUAAAUCUCUUGCUGACUCCUCCAAUUACACCCUUAUGGAACGACUUCUCAAUAAGCCGGGACUUCUAUUGGCCACAGAACCCCAAAUUGGUAUCAUUGGGGAUACAUUGAACCAUGUUGCUCGCAAAAAUACCACAAUCACCACAACAUUAGCCGAAGCUAUUGGGAAAUGUGGACAAAAUGCCUCCACAUACGACACAUUUCAACUGGACAGUAUCUUGGGAGUCAGUAAAAUACUAUCAUUGGACAAUUAUUCCACACUGGCAGAGGCUGUGGAGACAAUCACGGCCACUGAAGGAGAUUUUCUCACACUCACAUCAUCCCUUGGGCAAAUUCUUCAUGUUAUCACCAAUGAAUCACACGUAAAUCUUACCAGGUACCGCCUGCAGCUUAGUCAGGCAACUCCCGAGAGGGAUUUGAAAAUUUUCAUCGACCAAAUGCAACGUGUGUCGCUGCAGAUUCGAGAUGUUGCAACAUCAUCGAGGAUGACAACACUGGGAAGUCGUGCUAAGCGUCUCGAGGUUAGUGUAAUGCAGUUUCUGGAGCAACUACGAGCAGAACUUCUAUACCUCCUAACUGCCCUUGAGUUGCAAAAAGAUCCCUGGCAGAAGCAACUAAAUCAUUCUUUGAACUUACUGAAAGCUUCUCAGGAAGUCAUCAACGAAGAAGCUUCAGAUGUUUGCAAAAAACAUACAGAUGCCUAUAGAAUGAGACUCAAAAAUCAUCUGGAAUCUACCAAGAAGAAUAUUUUAACUACCCUCAACUCACAAGAAAUUUCUUGUUCACCUCUCUUUGCGAUCUUUGCAGCGAAUCGAGAUUUUUUCUGUUAUCACCUUAUAGACCCAUUAAAUGGCCUCUGGUUCGCAACUUUCUGUUGCAUUCUCUUAUGGGCCAUCAUAACACCACUCAAUAUGUCCCUGAUAAAUAUAUUCAGACGUCUCAGGAAGGCCAGGAAGUUGAGACAUACAAAUAGCCAUCAGUAUGGUGCUCCCUCGGACAUCCAGAUUAUCUCGGAGCAGAGCAAUUGGGGGGCAUUGACAAGACGCAACGAUGUGGAUGAUAUUGACAGGGUCCCACCAACUCAGUUCUUUGUCAUCUUCUCAGAUGACGAUCGCAGUGCGGAGAUUUUGAUUUAAAACCUCGAUGAGUGCGACCUCCGAAUGUUUUAUAUAUUGGACGACUUUUUAUUUCGAUAAAUAAAUACGAUCUAAAACACUUUUA